UAGCAACGAUACACAAUGAGUGAUCGUGGAGCUGGAAUAGCAACUCGCUGAAGUGGAAAAGUUACAUACAAACGGAUCUUGAUAUCGCUAUAUUUUACACCUAAACCUCGCUGAUUAUGGAAUUAAUAACGAGAUAAAGCAUACUAUUAAUUCACUGAUGCUGAGAUGGAAUAACUAACUCAAACCAAGCACCAUCCUAGCCAGGCCCAGCUUUCAAAACGCACUCAUCAAUCUAUACCUGAAGAUUAAGUACACAACAAGCAGAAAAAAGACAAACAUUCAAACAACAAGAUGGCGAGUCAGGUGGCACAACCGACGGACCUGACGCUACGUCCAAGUACAGGCAUCAUGUUCACACCGAGACAGAUUCUCAAGACAGCGAGGAACUCCAGGUCCGGGGGUAAGAUGUCACGCAAGUCCUUUGACCUUGGCAUGACCCCUUCUGGAAGAGCUGGUUCAUCAAGCCCGAAUAUUAGCCCACCACUGCCCAGUGCCUCCCUAGAUGCCAAACUCAGCGCUAUCGAAGUGGAACAGAUCUUGAGGGAGAGGAUCAGACAAUUCUAUACAGAUCUCAAGCAGGCAUGUCAAAACUACGAUAUUGACCAGAGCUUGACCGUCACAAAGGGUGAGUUGCGUCGUGUCCUGGACACCUUCUGUCUUCCAAUGACCACCGAACAGUUCAACUCCGUUAUGGCCAAAGUACCCACCAACACCAAUGGAACGGUCAACUAUUGCAUGUUCCUUGACCGCUUCGUAAACACCGGGUCAGUCUCCAGAGAAUCAUGGAAAAUGGGGUCAGGAUACAAGUACAGCUACACCAAAUCACCUUCCGACAUGGGUGUUGACGUCAUCGAACGCCAGCUCAGGGACAAGAUCGCUGUCAACACCAAGAACUUCAUGAAAGCUCUACGCCUCUUUGACUACAACCGCGAUGGCAAGAUCCAGAAACACGAGAUGCGUAAAGUGAUAGAAAACUACUGCUUCAGAAUGACCGAUGAACAAUAUGAUAGACUGUGGUCAAGAUACGAUUUCCAUCACACUGGCAUUGUGAACUACUACGAUUUCCUACAGAGACUAGGUGUCCUAGUCGAAAAGCAUGCCAAGGCAUUCCCUGAACAUGGAAAGUUUGCACAAACCAUGAGCCAACGUCAAAAUGAGCGAGCCAAGCAGGUUGAACAAAUAGCAAUCAUUAACCGAACAGAUGAUGCAGUGAGAGGAAUGAGCUACAAACAGAUUGAGGCAGAAUUCAGAACAAGGAUGAAGGAUAAUUACGUGAACAUCAAGAAAGCAUUCAUGGCCUUUGAUAAACGUCAAGACGGCUUCAUUGCUCUGGACGACCUCAAGAGCGUUCUGAUUCACUUCACCCUACCAAUGUCAGAUCAGCUUUUUGCCCAACUUAUGGAAAGGAUUGGUUUCAAGGCUUCCCACAAGAUUCCUUGGGAGCACUUCUUGGAGAAGUUCCUGGAUCCAAGGAUAGAAGGAAACGGACAGACCAUCCCGAUCAAAUGGAACCACAGGGUCAAUCCAAUCCGUGAAGGAGAUGGCGAGAUGGAAGCAGAUGAAAUCUUGUCUUUACUUCAGAAGCAUGUUACUAACAUGUACACAUCCAUUAAGGAAGCUUUCCUUGCUUUUGAUCAGAACCGUGACGGCAAGGUCACAAGGAAGGAGCUACGUAAGAUCAUGGACAAGUUCACUAUACGACUGAGCGACGCACAGUUCAAGGUGAUCGUAGAGAGGAUCGACCCGGAGAAGAACAACGCCAUCGACUACCAUGACUUCUUGGAACUUUUUGAAGUCAGAGAAACAGAGGAGGGUCACAAAUGGUUGGAUUCUGAGCACCGAUGGAACAAUGUCGCACCUGCAAACCUGGCCUGGGAGACCAUUGAAGAGAUCCUAUGUGAGAAGAUCGAGGAGCACUGGAAGUCAAUUAGUGCCCUCUAUAAGCAGGCCGACCCUGCUGGCACCGGUGCCAUCUCCAUGCCGCAGCUUCGUAAGAUCCUCAGCAAGUGCGUCCUACCGGUCGCGGAAGACCAUCUGGAAGACAUGUGGCUCCGAUGCGAGGAGACUGACGGGAAGGUCAUGUUUGGUGACUUCCUUCACAUGCUGAAGGUAGACGUGUCCCCUGGUGACCUGGUGGGUACCAGUACGCACAUCCAGGUACUCAGUGAUCUCAAUGAGCAACAGAGACUGGUGGAUAUGGAUACCAGGCUACAUAAUAUUCAAGUGAACGCCCUCAACCGAACCACAUUGAUGAACGCAGAUGAGGUCAUCAUUAAGCUGAAGGAUCGCAUGUCACAGAAGUCAAGCAACCUCAGGGAUAACUUUCUGAGGUACUGCAAGGAUAGGCGUGGCAAGCUCUCCAAACGAGAGUUCAGACAGGUCAUUCAGAGUUUCGGCAUGUACAUGGAGGACGAGCAGUUCGCGCUGCUCUGCAAGAACCUUGGCUUUGACAAGGGCUCCCUCACCUACAGCGACUUCAUUGAGUCCUUCGAGGACAUGAGGGUCGGCGGACCGGGGCAGGAGAUCACACGAACGCCCAACCAUUGGUGGAAGAAGCUCGAUGGCCACAACAUGUCCGCUAAGGAGAUGCUUGCCAACCUGGGGGAUAAGAUGAGACAAGCUUUCGGGGACCUGCGAUCAACGUUCUACAAGCUGGACGACGACCACGACGGCGUUGUCCGCCGGCAGGAUUUCCAGCGUCUCGUCGACCAGCUCAUGUUCAUCAGCACGGAAGAAGAGUUCAACAAACUUAUGGCUGCGCUGAGCAUCUCCAAGAAGACUAGACUCAACUACCAGGAGUUUUUAGACCUCUUUGAGGUGCGUGACUCGGCCGAGGGACACAAGUGGCUGGAUUCUGAUCACAGAUGGAACACAACGAUCGAUCCUGCCCAGCUCGCGGCUGAACAGGUCCAUGAGAUCCUGGCUUCCAAAGCCCAGAGACAGUACCACGACCUGGCCAAAGCGUUCAGAUCUAUCGAUAAGAACGGCAAGGGCGUCAUCAUCAAGAAAGAACUUAGAGAUCUUCUCUAUACCUUCAUGUUACCAAUGACAAAGGAUGAAUUCACAAAACUAUGGGCCAUAUAUGACCCAACCAACAAGGGUUACAUCGACCAUCAGCACUUCUUGAAGAUGAUGGGUAAGGAGUUUGCUCCUGGGGAUGAUGGAGGUGUCAGCAAGCGCAUCACGGAGGAAUCUUCAGGUACCCUUGAGAGCCACCACCAAACCCAACUUGACAAACAGAUCAACAUCACGAUCCACCAGGCGUCCAAGGGAGCCUUCAUCUCGGUGGAGAAGCUCCUGCAGGAUCUCAAGGAUCGGAUGAGAGACAAGUACGGCACCUUCCAGGAGGCCUUCGCUCAGCUGGACAAGAGCAAGAGUGGACGCAUCACCAUCGCAGAGCUUCAGGAUGUCCUUCUCAGUCAUAACUAUCUGGUGGAUGAUGACACCCUGGAGCAGUUCUUGAAGAGGACUGGACUACCAACAAGCAAGAGCACCCUAAACUAUGAAGAUUUCUUGAAGGCCUUUGACGAGGGACGGGAGGAGAGAUACCAGAAGAAGAACCUGCCGGAGGUUCGUCCAGAGAUGUUCUCCAGUCUUACCUCAGACAAGGCCCUGCGCAAGCUCAGGAAACAAGUGCAACAAAAUGUAGCUACCUUACAAGCAGCCUUUGGUGCGUUCGACAAGGACAAGCGUGGCCGCCUGAGCCCCGGUGAUUUCCGUCGAGUCCUCGAUCACUUCUGCUUCAAGAUGACGGACAAACAGUUCAAGUCACUGAUGACCAAACUACGGGUGAACUCUGACCUGACAAUCAGUUACCCAGCAUUCCUGGACGAGUUCUCGGCCAACGAACAAGAGCUUGCUCAGAACUGGAUCGAGUCGGUCCAGAAGAGUGACGCCCAGAACAACAACCACUCCUCACCCACCAUUGAUGAAAUCAAGCAAGAGCUCCGACAGCUUGUAAAGGCACGCUUCUACCGCUUUGCAGAACGGUUCUCCGAGAUCGACUACGCGAACAUCGGCGUGGUGGCACGGGAUGACUUCAAUGCAGUCCUCAAUGAGCUUGCUUUCAGAUUGAGCAUUGAUCAGUUCAACACUCUCUGGUCCUCGUUCGAGUUGAACCCUUAUGGGAACCUGGACUACAGAGCCUUCUUGAAGGAAUACGCUGAAUGGGAAGAUGAUGUGUUCCAGGGAGGGGAUGAGAGCUGGUCCCAGGCCAAAGGAAAUAGACCUGGAUCUGUGAUGAAAGGACUAGGAACUCCUCUAGUACCCAUGACACCCUUGAGCCGUAUGUCCUACACUCCUGCAGGUCGUAGGUCCAUGACCCCUCUGGUCAACGCAGAGAACGCGGAGCAGAGGCUUAGGAAGCAGAUCCAGAGGCACUGGCAAGAGGUCCACCGCCUCUGCAAGCUUCACGAUCUGGACAACUCGGGCGAGGUCGACGUCCAAGCUUUCCGAGAUAUCAUGACACAGUUCAACGUGACCAUAUCCAUGGAUGACUUCAGCAGACUCAUGACAAAGUUUGAUCUCAAAGAAAACGGAAAGUUUUCCUACCUGGAGUUCUUGAAGCACUUCAUGCUGAACCUGAAGAAGAUCAACGAGGAACCGGAACAAAGAUCCCUACUCAGCAGAGAGAAGAUACACCAGUCUAAGAUUGUAAUCAAACCUGGAAGCCGGAUGUCUGGUGCCAUGCUUGAGGCGAUGCUGCGAAUACGCGACACCAUCACGAACAACUGGAAGAAGAUGCGACGCACCUUCCGCCUCCUUGACCCGACAGCAGAGGGCGUCAUCACGACGAAUCAGUUCCGCGACACGCUCCGUCAGUUCAGCAUCAAUCUGUCCGAGGAGGAGUUCUAUCAAUUGACGACAUACUACGAUAAAGCCCUCGAAGGCAGAGUCCCCUAUAAUGAUUUCCUUAGAGCUUUCUUGCAGUAAUAGUGAAGAACGAAAGACUGAACUCGAAAGUUAAAUACUUUCCAAAGAUAUUUCUUGCAGUAGGUGUAAGAAACGAAGGAAAGAUAGGACCUUGUAUAUUUCCUACAAGAUUUCUUAGGGUAGAAAUAGAUGUUUUUUCUGAGAACUUUCUUGGAGUACAUGAAGAAAUGGUGGGUAGGAAGAAAGGAGAGCUGUAUCACAGUUUGUGUAUCUGAGAAAUGUAGAAAAGAGAGACAUAGACCCAUAUGCUGAGAUCUUUCUAGGAGUGAGGGCAAGAAACCAGACAUUCCAAACUUUUUUCAUACCGCGCUCACCUAAUUUUUCUCACAAAAAACAUAAAAUAUGAGAGAAAAUGAGCUUAGUAGAAAAAGAACUUGUUUUUUGUGGUGGCUAAUUGCAUCGUAAAUAUUGAACGGCAAGCCUCCCUCCUCUUCACUCUUUCAAAGACAUUCUUGCAGUUAAUGCAAAAAAGAAAUAAAAUAAAGGCUUGAAAUUAGUAUAACUAUGUCAUAAGAUUUAUGCGUGAUUGAUCAACCAUCCUAUUAUGUGAAUUUCUUUGUCUUGGAAAAAAUAUAUACACCAGUACUUGUCAAGGCCUCUUAACUAUUUAGAAACAUCAGUGGUGCAGCCAUACUUAGAAGUACGUAUCUAUUUCACCUUAUCAUCACAUAUUUAUGAUUAUUUAUUUAAGUUCAGUUUUUAGAUCACUAGUAUGUAGAGAGCUGUUGAGACUGGAAGUGCUGCACUGAUAUAACUGACAAUCAUAUUUCUGUAUAGCUCCCUCUAUUCAUCAAGACAGGCCAGUUAAUAUCGCCUAUAGUUAUAUACAAAAUGAUAUACUUUGUUAAAGAAGGAUGAUAUAGAUGCUGCUAAGUGCUAACGUACAAUAGUUAUUUAUGAAAGGUACCGAACUACCGGUAAAGCACAAAGCUCUUCUCCCCUUUUUAGGCUGAAUAACGAUCGAUGCGGUGUAAGGAAUCAUCUUAUGGCUUCGCUUGUCUUUAGUUUCUGUUGUAGCGCACAAAAAAUAAAGAGACUGACCAAUUGUAUUGAAGGGUGUAGUUGUGGGACGCCCCAUCAUCAUCUUAACCAUGAAUUUGUUUUAGGGUUAGGGUCAGUGUUAGGGUUAAGGUGAAUUAUAUGAUCGGGGCAUUCAGCAGUUGCUACCGCUGAAUAAAUCAUUUUCACUUUGGCUUUGGUGUAUAGAAUGUAACGCUACAUAUAUUUAAUUACGUAGAUGUUAAAAAUGUUUUGUAUAUAUGGUUUACUUCUAUGUCCUAUACUUUGUGCCCUUUAUUCUUACUGAAAGGGUGCUUAAACAACAGAGGGAAGCAUAAUCCUCCUGAAAGAAUGCGGGUUAGAAAAGAUCAAACUGUAAUAACAUUGCAUGUACAAAGCUGUGUGAAAACAGAGAGGCGAUUAACACAGUACAGACAAAUUUCUAGUUUGUUUGACGUAUUAA